AUGAAGGGCCGCUUGUCGAGGACCUCGUCUACGUGCACCCUCGCUCGCGCGUCGUUCUCGUCGUCGUCGACGGCGUCGCAGCCGUCGGACGUUGAUUCGCUCCACGCGCUGCUGCCGUCGCCGUCUCCUCGCGCGGCGCAACUGGAGCGCGACGCCUUAGAACUGGCCUGGUGCUCAACCGUAGCCGCCUACCCCAAGCUCACCAGCGGCCUGCCCGCUCCCACCAGACCCGUCGAGCCGCCCGCCGACAGGCUGGUCGCCCUGUCGGACACGGCAGAAUGCUUUUUCAAAAAAAUCCAAGAAGCUCGCUUACAACAGCCACCCCGGACGCCCACCAUUUCGCACUCGCACUGCGCCGGUCUGUGGCCGUCGCUGCUGCCCGCCAGCCUCCUUUGGUUUGUCGUCUACGGCAAGCGUCAGCUGCCCGCCGGCACCGUUCCCUCGUGGUCCUGGGCCUCCAUCACCGGCGGCUACGUCUCUUGGGACGCCCUCUGGCCGCGAAGCGAGGUGCCAUGGCCGCUCUGCCAGGCCCCCGCUCAGACGGCAGCUCUCGCUCACGACGCCCAGCAGCAUCAGCAUCAGCACCAGCGGGGGUUCCCGCGCCUGGACGGCAAGCUGCGGAUCCUGCGGACCCAGUCCAACGAGGACGACAACGCCAGCAAGCGUAACGAGCCCUUCGCCGGCAUCUCCAACAAGGGCGUCAUCACGCUGCGCUGCACCCUCUGCCCCGUCCUGGCCGUCGCCGACGCCGUCGACAGCGACCGCAACAUGAUCGGCGGCCGCGUCUUCCAGGGCUGCAUCAUCGACGACGCCCGCGCGCGCAAGGCCGUCCGGAACGGGCUCGAGCUGCCCGAGCGCGACUGGGUCGCGACGCAGCUGCGCGUGUGGGAGGACCUCGGCUGGCGGAACGACCAGCUGAAACUGCUGUUCGACCUGAGGCUCUCGCCCGCCGAGUUCGCCGCCCUCAAGUACGAGGUCCUGUACUGCGUCAAGUUCUACGAGUACGCCCCCAGCUCCGUCGCCUGGGGCCACCACGACGGCCUGCUGUUGAGGCGCAGAGCGGGCACGACGAACGACGAGUACGAGCGGGUGGGCCUGUGGAAGUGCACCCGGAACGCCAUGUUCGAUGACAAAUAUCAAAUCAUCAAUCUGGUCUGA